UAAUAAAAAAAAAAUGCUAAAGUAAGAGGCUUUGUAGCUUAUCCUUUCACUCUCCCAGUACCAAACAGGUCAAACCCCAAAACAACAAAACCAGAGCCACUCCAAGACCCAAGUAGGUCAUCAAUUUAGGCAUGGCAACCUCAUCAAGCGACGAUUUCUCAGUAUUUGUGUUAGCAUCAGAUUUAGGCAUAGAUGCUAGACCCUUUCUCACAAACAAAGAAAGGGAACAAAAUCAAGAAAACCCAGAACCUGAAAACUGGCACGAUUGCUGUCAGGAUUUUAUUUCAGAUGAAGAUUUCUCUGAUCUUGAUCUCUUGCAGUUCUUUACCCUUCAAGGUUCUGAUAAGUCUGGAAACCGUGUCUUUCGUAUUGUUGGCAAGUACUUUCCUGCUCAAGUUGUGAGUGGGGAGCGACUGAAGAAGUAUAUUUUCCAUAAAAUAUGUAGUGAGUUACCUGAGGGACCUCUCUGCAUUGUUUACAUGCACAGUACUGUGCAAAAGGAGGACAAUUCACCAGGUGUAACUAUCUUGAGGUGGAUUUAUGAAGAGCUUCCUGCUGGCAUCAAGGAUAGGCUUCAAACUGUGUACUUCAUUCACCCAGGGCUACGCUCAAGGCUUGUCUUUGCAACCCUUGGUCGAUUCUUCUUGAGUGGAGGAUUAUAUUGGAAGAUCAAGUAUGUGAGCCGCCUUCAGUACCUUUGGGAAGACAUUAAGAAAGGAGAGAUUGAGAUCCCUGAAUUCGUGCAAAAUCAUGACAAUAUUCUUGAGAACAGACCCCUGACAGAUUAUGGCAUCGAACCAGACCCUUUUCACUUAAGUGAGAUGCCUAUGACAGCCUACUCAUUUGGGAGGUAUGAAGAGAGAUGGUCAUCAAGGGAAUUUGCAUCUUAGAUUCACCUUGAUAUUACCCCGAUCCUUUUUAAUUAUGUUCAAGGUUGUUUGGUGGUGACUUAUCAUAUGAAAGAAAGAACUGUACAGAACAAUCUAAUGUUGUGUUAUGUCUAGCUUCCUGUUGUUCAGCUGGACUAGAUGCUUGAACAGGAAAAUUAAGCGAUGUCUUAGCAGUGAAGGACUGUAUACUAUUUGUAGCUCUACCCUAGGUAUGCAAGUCAGUUUUCCUCGUCUA